AUGUCCCUGAAGAUCAAUUUACAAUAUGAGAGUAGGGAUUAUAUUGUUGGUCUGGAGGAUUAUGUUGAUGAAAAUCGUACCUCCAGGACAAGCCGCGAAAUACGUAGUUUGGCCGGCAGCGAAAUAAACGACAACAUUCUCAAGUCCAUUUGGAUGAGUCGUUUACCUUCCAACAUGCGGCUUAUCAUUUCCAUCAGCAAUGAGCCUCUCGACAAAGUAGCACUGCUCGCUGAUAAAAUAAGUGAGGUUAGCGAUACACCACAUGUCAGCGCAGUCGAGACCCAACAAACAGCCGCACAUACGCAAUCUAAUAUCGAGCAACAGCUGGCUGAAAUCACAAAAGAGAUCGCUUCUAUAAAAGCAAACAUAAAUCGCCGAUCCAGAAGUCGAACCAGGUACCGUCCUCCGUCACACUCCGGCACGCGAAACGCCGACUCGAAUGGAUUGUGUUGGUACCAUCUCAAAUUUGGCAACGAUGCAAAGAAAUGUCGCAGUCCAUGCUCCAAAAAGUUAAACUAG